AUGGCUGAACUUAUCUUCACUUUUGCGGCCCUUGUAUCCGUUGUAGCAGGACAGUCCGGUGGUAUUCAGAGAGGUCUCCAAUAUGGCGAGAACUGGGCACCCACGACUAAAGACUCUGACCUCGUCUCGGCCAACUUCCCCGAUGUCAACAUCACACUCCGAUCCCCAGCAUUUUUGAAUCCAGAGAAGGUUCCUGCUCGGUUCUCAAACGGCACGGAGGGUCCGACUGAUGAUAUUGAACUCGACUACUUCAUCCGCAAUCUGGCUCAAAAGCAUGACUGGAUGACCUACGAGUCUGCAGCCUUCCAAUCGGAAGAAGGCCGUGCGAUCCCAUAUGUUUUUCUGUCCCUACCAAACACCAACUCGAGCAACGAUAAGUUGCGCAUCUAUCUCCAAGCCGCUAUUCACGGCAAUGAGCCCGCCGCUGACGAGUCUGUUCUCGCAUUCUUGGGUAAGAUGGAUGCGGAGCCUGUAUGGGCCAAGGCAAUCUUGGAGAAAAUGGACAUCAAGAUCCUUCCUAGGUAUAACAUCGAUGGCGUUGCUUAUUUCCAAAGACAGUUGGCGUCUAAUCUUGAUCCCAAUCGAGAACAUCUCAAACUUAUGCGUGGUCAGUCAAGGGAGAUCAAGCGUAUUGUCAGUGAAUGGAAUCCUCACAUCGCUCUUGACAUGCACGAGUUCACUGUGCCUACCAUCUACGGUGGUCACUAUCAGCACGGCGCCGAUUCUCUCCUCUCCGGUGGUAUCAAUCCAAACAUUCAUCCAAAUAUUCGCGAGCAGCUCCUCGACUUCUUCAUCCCGGCCGUUGGCGAAAAACUUGAGUCUCAUGGCCUCCGAUGGGAGCCAUAUGUCACUGGCCCUUCCAACCGCACGGAAGGCUCACGCAUCCGCUUCACUGAAGCAGUGACCGAGGCACGCACCGGCCGUAAUGCUGUUGGGUUGACACAAACGAUCUCAUUUUUGCUUGAGAUGCGCGGUAUUCGUAUCGCUGAUCAGCAUUUUCAACGUCGCGUUGCGACUGCUCUUAUCAAAAUUCAGGCAAUUCUUGAGCUGGCACGAGAUAACGCCGAGAAGGUCAAGUCGGUUGUUGAGGAUGCGCGUGAUGAGUUCAUCAACAGCGAUGACGAUAUCGUCAUCACUGAUUCCUACGUCCCAGAAGACAGGACAUUUACCAUGGUCGAUACGCGUAAUGGCAGUGUUGUUCAAGUCCCAAUUGACUUUCAGCGGACUACCCCAUCAAUUGCCAAUCUCACCAGGCCGAGACCUGAAGCUUAUGCUAUACCACGAACUUGGUCCGAUGUUGCUGAGAGGCUUGAGAUCUUGGGACUGAAAGUUGAGAAGAUGAACUACGAGUUCAGAAGAACUUUAGACACCUUGACGAUUGAGACUUCAGUGAUUGAACCUGAGCUGUAUGAAGGCACGUAUCUCAAUACGGUCACCACCAACUCAACCAGUCGAGAAGUCGUGUUGCCGGUCGGAAGCUACUACGUGAGCACGAGGCAGCAGAAUGCCGCUUUGGCGUUUAUCGCUCUGGAGCCGGAGAAUAUUGACAGCUACGUCAAGUUCAACAUCAUUCCUGUUGAAGCGGGGAUGGAGUAUCCUGUAUUUAGAAUCCCACGAGAAUGA